ACUGAAACCCCCCCUGUUUUGCGUUUUUUAAUUUACAACGGUCGAAUCCGCUCUCAAACAGUGAAAGCCCUAAAAUCACAAUUAUUCCUUUUUAAUUCAAAAAACCUUCCUUUUCUUCUCCUCAUCCUCCUUCAUCUUCUAUAACGAUUCGAUUCAACAAUGGGUACUUCAAAUUGUACUCAAUUAGUAACCUCAGAUCGUGAAAAAUGGGAUAAAGUAUUCGGUGGCCUAGUAAAAUUACUAAAGAGCCAACAAGAACAGCUCGAAACCCUCUUAAAAGAGAGGCACUUUCUUGAAGAUCGCAUUAAAACACAACAUGAAAGAUGGGUUUCUGAUAUUCGUCUCUAUGAAGAUCAUAUUUCACAGAUUAAUGGGGAUUUGGUGGAGAAAGAUAUGGCCUGUGUGCUUGAGGCUGCGAAAGGUGAUUUGAUGUUGGGAUUGAAGCAGAGAGAGGCAUCUCUUCACAAAUCGAGAUUAGAGGAAACUGAAGAUGAAUUGGCAGAUUUUCAAGCAUGGUUUAGCUACCUCUCUCAAAACUUAAAAGCAAAUUCUGAAGAAACUGCCAAUGGAAAGGGAGGCGGGCGUAGUGAUAUGAAGUCUGGUGGUGCUAAAAAGUUGGAAGCCAAAGUAGAAAGGCUAAAGCUUGAAAAUGAGAAGCUUGUUUCUGAAAAGAAUUCUGAAGUAUCUGCACUCCUGAAAGAGAAAACUUUUGUGUGGAAUCAAUAUAAUAUUCUAGAAAGCAAUCUGACCAGUAAAUUAAGGAGUAAGGAAGCUGAAGUUGAAAAGGCAAAUGAGAAGAUAGCAGAAGUUCUUGCCACCGCAGAAUUGCUCCAAUCCUCUAAUGAUGAGAAGGAUGAAAUUAUUCACAGACUGAAUACGAAGGUGGCCAAGAUGGAAGCUGACGCAGAAAAAUGGAAGGGAGAAAUUUCCAAACUUUCCCAGGAGUUGGAAUUUAUUAGAAAGUCAAGAAGUGCUCAAGUUACAUCGAUAAUGAAACCUUGCAGUGCACCAACUAGAUCUUCAACUUUGGGAGUCAAAAGCUGUGGCAGAAAUUUUAGCAAUCUCGUUGACAGGAAAGUAUCGGCACCUAUACUGGCCACUGUUCCUUCAAAAGGUUCUGACAAGGGUAGCAGAAGCUUGAAGAAAAAAAGGAUUGACAUUUUGGAAACUCCGAAACUGUUCUCUUCUACCUUUGAAGUUCCUAAAGUGAAGGUCCCAUCUACUCCUGCCUAAUGACCUUACCACACCAUUCUUUAACCUCUCAGCUUAACAAAGUAGCAGCUUCUCUGUGUAGUUUCUUAUUGAACUCUGAUGUUUGGCUCUGUAAAAUUUUCUUUCUAUUUUUUGUCGAUCUGAUGUAAGUUAAGUUGUGUCAUAUCUUGAGGAAAGCCAUGCUUUCCUUUGAUCUUAUUGUGCAGUUUAAGUUAGCUGUAGUCCUGCUUAGUCUGUAGUGCUGAAUUUGGUUAGAAUUUGUAUUGCCCCUUCUUUGCAACAGAUACUCUUGUAUAUAA